CCAUUUCCAAGGACAGCCAACGCCACGCAUCAAAUAACAAACUUCCAAAUUCCAACCACUACACCAUGGUACGUAGCAGGCAAAUUUGUCCGGUCGGAAACCAAAUCCUCUCGUUGGUACAAGUGAAGAAUGAAGUAUAAGAGCGGGGCGACUCCGCUAAAGGCUUGCAGACGCAUCCAUGAUCAUAUGGAUCGGAUCCAACGCCUCCCACGCUUGCCCGCGCGGGCGGGGGCGGGGAGACUAAAAUUAAAUUAGAUGACCGAUGACUCAACCCCUCAUUUAAACCAGUCACUUAUCUAUCUGCUCACCUCACCCUCCAGCCAGCUGUUCUGUUCUCUCCACUUUUCUUCACAGUUCUUCAACCACCAUGACAGCAGCCGGAACCAUUCGUGUCCCCCAGAAGGAUGGCUCGCCUCUGCGACUCGAGUUCGCCACAAUCGACGAUCUGAAUGAGAUCACCGAUCUGUGGUACAAUGCCUUCUCACCCGGCAUGUUAUUUCUCUGGACGGACACCCCCGGGGUGCGCCAGUGGUGGAACGAAGCCAACCGCCAUGACAUGCUCCACAAACCCAACGCGAAGUAUCUCAAGGUCGUGGACACAGCGCAGAAUGGCCGCAUCGUCGCGUACGCCAAGUGGUCGCUGGAGACCGCCGAAGAGCGCGGACCACGGUGGCCCGCGUGGCAUUCCGAGAUGGACCCGGCCUUGAUGGAUAAAUUUCUCGGUCACUUGGAGACCAACCGGGCGACGGCUGUCGCAGGUGCUCCCAAGAACUUCUAUCUUGAUAUGCUAGCGACGCAUAGCGACUACCGGAAACGGGGCGCGGCACGCUUGUUGCUGGAAUGGGGGUGCGAGGUGGGCGACGAGGAGAAUGCGCACAUUUAUAUCGACGCGAGCACCGACGGCCAGCCGGUUUAUCAGAAGUUCGGCUUCGUGAGCAAGAAUGAUCCUUUGGUCGAUCCGUUCGAGGUGGCGGCCAUGGUGAGACAGCCUGGGGGGAAAUCGGUUUGACGUCAACGUGUCCCGGAGUUUUGGAUCUGCAGAUUAUGAGAUGGUACAACGGCACAUUCUAGCACUGAGAUGAUUGACAGACAUAGAUAAUUUGGUUAACAUUGAGAAAGCGUGGUGCCUUCCUUACGCACGGCAGUGCAUCUCAGAACCUGUUUUUGGCUAGAUUAAUAUAAGGCGUUGGCAAAUGGAUGCACCCGGUUAGUUGACGUAAACUCAAGUGAUCUCGCAGGGUGUAUGCGAUCAUCGACUUUUUAUACUCUGCUUUCGAGGACAAGUCGUCCUGAU